AUGUGGACGUCGUCUCCUGCUGCAGAGCGAUCGAUGCUCCACGAUCAGGCUCCGCUCGAAGCUGCAGACGUUGUUUUAUCAAUUACAAAUCCAUCGUUGUUAGAAGCACCUCCUGAUGACCGGCGGCCGCGGUGGGGAAGGGCCUCCUGUCUGUCACACCCUCCUCUGUGCGACAGCAGAUCUGCGUGUGUGAACCUGCCCGGCUGGUACCACUGCGAGUGCCGCGACGGUUACCACGACAACGGCCUCUUCUCCGCCAACGGCGAGUCGUGCGUCGACAUCAACGAGUGCAAGACGGGCCGCAACACCUGCGCUAACGACACCGUGUGCUUCAACCUGGACGGAGGCUACGACUGCCGCUGCCCCCACGGUCACAACUGCACCGGAGACUGUAUCCAUGACAACAAGGUCAAGCACAGCGGGCAGAUCUGGGUCCUAGAGACUGACCGCUGCUCCGUCUGCUCCUGCCAGGCGGGGCAGGUGAUGUGUCGGCGGAUGGUCUGUGACUGCGAUAACCCCAGUGCAGACCUGUUCUGUUGCCCGGAGUGCGACCCUCGCCUCAGCAGCCAGUGUCUGCAUCAGAACGGCCUCCUCACCUACAGCAGCGGAGACACCUGGGUGGACAACUGCCAGCAGUGCCAAUGCCUGCAGGGUCAGGUGGACUGCUGGCCUCUGCCCUGUCCUCCGGUGGACUGUGACUUCACGCUGAUCCCUGAGGGAGAGUGCUGUCCUCGCUGCGUGACGGACCCGUGUCAGGCCGACACCAUCCGCAACGACAUCACCAAGACCUGCAGCGACGAGCACCGCAUCCAGCGCCUCAGCGGCUCCUCCUGGAUCAAACACGGCACCGAGUGCACCCUCUGCCAGUGCAAGAACGGACACAUCUGCUGCUCAGUGGACCCCAUGUGCCUUUAG